AUGGUCAAUCACUACGCCGUUCUGAUUGGCAUCAACGCAUAUCCAAGUAAGCCGCUGAAGGGUUGCGUACGAGAUGUCCAAAUUUUCAAGAAUUACCUGGAGACCAUUAUACGGCCGGAGAACAUACAAUUAUUCACUGCCAGCGAGGACGUCGACCCUGCAACGGGCCCAAUGGAAGAUCCAGCUGACUUGCCGACCUAUGACAACGUAAUACUAGCAUUCGAGAACGUGUUGUCCUUAGCAGUACACGGAGAUGUCGUUUAUAUUCAUUAUUCUGGUCACGGAACCCGCGCGGAGCCGUCAAGUCAAUUCUCCAACAUGUCAAGUGGCGACCUCGCCUUGGUUUUACUCGACGAAGGAAAAGAGAACCAAGUGAGAUAUCUGUGGGGUUCAAGACUGGCACAUUCACUGAAUGCCAUGGUUCAGAAGGGGCUGGUAAUAACUGUUGUUCUUGACUGCUGUUUCUCUGCUGCUGUAUAUCGCCGCGACGAGCCCACGAUGCGAUUUCUCCCCUACGACAACACUGUUGGGUUGAAGGGCCAUGAGUAUAUCCACGAGAGCUUCGGUCAUGAGGACAACGGCAACGGAACCCGCGACGCUUCCAUGCUGCUAAAUUGGCUGAUGAAACCGGACGGUUAUACCAUAAUCGUUGCAUGUGGGCCGUACGACAUGUCUGGCGAAAUCAUGCUGGACAAUGGACAUGUUCAUGGAGCUUUAUCCUACUUUCUGUUCCAGGCUUUGUCUGAAUAUGGUGGCAUCAAUAAAAGACACGGAGUCGUAUAUCAUCAUUUGUGUGCAAGGUUUCGGAAAUCAAACCUGCAACAGCAUCCCGUGCUUUAUGGUCACAAGGAUCGAGGAUUCCUCGGCCAGCUUGGGUUAGGUAUAGAUGCUACAACAGCCGUGGUGGUAAGCCCCGAAAGGGUUAUUCACUUACAAGCUGGUAAAGCACACGGAAUUUGCAGCGGUGACCAGUUCUCUCUGCAGCCCUUGGGUGCGGCACGUAGUCCAGGAUCAAGCAAAGCCGGAGUCAUAGCCACCGCCGUUCAGGUCAAUGGUUUGACAUCAACGCUGGAGCUGGAAGAUAUCUCGUCGACUUCUGUUCAAACAGGAUGGGUUGCAAGCCCUGUCACAAGAUUGGGCCUACAGAAGUUUCCGAUACGUGUUGAGUCCGACGUUGCUCAUCGCCAGGAAUGGUUAAAUGCCAUGAAAGACCGUUCGCUCAGGCCUCAUAAUGAUGAAUGCGAUGAGGCUUUCUUCUUUUGGGUUGCAAGAAGCAACCUCAACGCCAACGAUAUUCUAGACCGGCUUUCUCAGAAAGUCAUCAACCUACCAUUUUCUCACUGUGACGUAACCAUUAACGACAAGUGUGACAGCUUGCUGCAUCUUGCGCGUUACGAGCUUGUCAAAGGGAUAAGGAAUGAGACACUUGACAGUCAUUUCUGGGAGUCUUUUGAGGUUCGCAUAGUGAAAGGAGGCACAGUCUUUCAACCAGACCGCUUUCUGGAGGUGGAACACAGUGACAAGGUGGAGUUGAUCUUUGAAAACAAGGGGACGACAGAACUCUGUUUCUACAUCUAUGCCCUGGGUCCUUUGUGGCAAAUACAGAACAUUCUUUGGGCCAGUCGCGAAAUUGUUCAGCCCCAACACAUAUUUAAAACAAAGUUGAAAAUGGAAGUACCGACUGAGAUGAGAGGGCGAGGGAUAAAUACCUGUGAAGAUGUCAUUAAAAUAUUCAUCACUCGACAGCCAACGUCCUUCGAGGUAUUGGAAUUGCCUAAGUGCGGUGAAUUGCGCCCAGUCAAGGGAACCACAAGAACUGAGUUGUCUCGUAACUUAUCGGAUGACUGGGCUGCUCUAAAUUUUCCUAUCCGCACGACUUUUGGGUUGAAUUGA